AAGGGAGAUAAUACAUACCAGUCGUUGAAUGAAUCGGUGACACUACUUUAUUCAGGGGUGAAAUUAUUCUAAUUUAAGGCGAAGAACAACAUUUCAGUUUACCGAUGAGAUGGCGAGGAGAGUUGCAAUUGUUACUGGAUCCAACAAAGGAAUAGGUUAUGGCAUAGUACAGGCUUUGUGUAAACAAUUUGAUGGUGAUGUAUUCCUUACAGGAAGAAGUAAAGAAAGAUGUGAGGCUGCAGUCACUGAGCUUCAAAAGGAAGGACUAUCACCAAAAUAUCACCAUCUCGAUAUUGAUGAUCAAGAUACUAUCAUCAAAUUAAGGGACUUCAUGAAGGAGAAAUAUGAUGGCAUCGAUGUCUUAGUUAAUAAUGCAGGCCUCGCAUAUAAGCGUGAAUCAACAGUACCAUUUAGUGAGCAAGCCAAAAUGACAUGUGCUACCAACUUCUUUGGAACUCUUAAUGUGUGUAAUACUCUGUUCCCAAUACUCCGACCUCACGCGAGAGUGGUCAACAUAUCGAGUACGAACUCCCAAUGGGCGAUUGAAAAGUGCAGUGACGAAGUGAAGUCAAAGUUUUUGCAUCCAGAUAUUACAAUGAAUAAAAUGAAAUGUCUGUUACACCAAUUCAUAGACGCCGCACAAGUUGGACAACAUCAAGAAAAAGGAUUUGCUAAUACAGCUUAUGGUAUGUCUCAUAUUGGGAUUACACUUAUGACGUUUAUUCAGCAAAGACAGAUGAAUAACGACACGAGGGAUGACAUAGUUAUUAAUGCAUGUUGUCCAGGAUUCGUACAAACAGACAUGUCAUCUCAUAAAGGACCCAAAACCAUACAAGAAGGUGCUGUUACGCCAGUAUAUUUAGCAUUACUCCCAGCUGGAACAACAAGUCCAAAAGGAAACUUCUUGGCUGAUUGUACAAUCAAAAACUGGGGAUGAGGUUGCAAGAAAACGAAUGAAAAACUAUAUUUGUCAAUCAUUUCUGCAUUCCGUCAAUGAAGAUCAGACAGACUGAAAAUUGCAGACAAAGUUUAUCGUGAUGGCAUCAUAAUUCGUUAAUAAAUCAAAUUGUUUAACAAAAAUCGCACGUUUCAAAUUCAAAACAUCAACUAUGACAAGUACAACUUUGAAACAAAUUAAAAGUCUUUUUUUAA